AUGCUGGCCUUCAAGUCUUUCUCCCAAACACGUGGGUUAACAACCACGUCUGCUAGUUUAGCUGCUGCUGUCACUAGAAAAUCUUUCAAUAAGAAGAGUUCUUAUGAUAAAUCAAAGAAUAAGAAAGGUUCUGGUAAUGAUAAGUCUUUCCAAAACUCACUUUUGUCGAAAAACUACAAAAAGGCAGCAGGAAAGUUUGAUAAGCUCUUGAUCAAACAACUCUUGACUUUUGAACCGAAAAAUAAAGAUUUGAUUCAUAACUCAAUUGUUCAAUAUCCACGCACCUCAAUUGCUAAGUUGCAUAUUGCUGGUUCCUUCAAACAACACCAAUACAAUGAACUAUAUUCUCAGCCUGUCACUCUGUUUCGUUCAAGAGAAGACUCAAAAUUGCUAGAAAUCAUUGCAAAAAAUGAAUCAUCCUUGUCUAAUAGAUACAUAGUUAAUGGGGCCUCUGGUAUUGGUAAGUCAACAAUCUUGGCUCAUUUCCAAUCCUUUGCACUCUCUAAGAACAAGAAGGGCAAUAAGAAAUUCGAAAAUAACUCGAUUCUAUUCCCAAUUUCCAACGCAGAAUCUCUAGUUGACGGUUCGAAUGAUUACAAACUCAACCCAGAAACCAAAAAAUAUGAUCAGCCAAUGUACACAAAGGAGUUUUUGAAGAAGUUCAGAAAUCUCAAUGAAUACGCAUUAUCCCAGAUCCCACUAUCUAAGGAAAUCACUCCAAUCACAAGCACCUAUAAAACCUCGGUCCACAAAAUCCAAGGUACUUUGUUGGACUUUGUGAAUUACGUCUUGAAAGCAUCAGCAACAGAGGCAAAUACCACGUUUGCAUUUACAACCAUUCUCGAUGAGCUCUCUAUGCAAGAAAAGUUGCCUGUCUAUAUGACAAUUGAUAACUUCUCUGCCUUUAUCCAACAUGGUAUGACUAAAUACAGAGAUGUCGAGAACAGAAGAAUCUAUUUCCAGAAUUUCACCGUUGCUGACUCUUUACUCAAGUUUGUAUCCGGUGAGAAGGUAUUCAAGAACGGUGCAGUUAUGGUCGCCACCCACGGUAACCAUAGGUUGCAUAACAAUGUUACUUUUGAUAUAAUAACAGGUGAUAAAUUAAUCGAAGAUUACGCCUACGAAAAAUUCAGAAAUCUCGAUUAUCAGUUGGCUAAUAGACUAUUACAAAAUAAUGGUUUGAACAAAUUUGAAAUCUCGGAAUUCUCAUUGGAAGAAUGUAAGUCUCUUGUCAAACAUCUGUUCAAAUUCAACCUCAUCCAUAACGAAUACGACUUGGAAAACCAACUACUCACAAAGAGCGAGGACGAAGUUUUUGAUAAAAUAGCUGCCCAAAAAUACAUCUUAAGUGGUAACGGUAAUCCUAAGCUUCUUAUGGAUUCCUGUAUUUUACAAUACGUUUAG